AUCCGGGAUUCCGAGCGUGCAUUAUUCCCGUGGCAACCGUUGUCUGAUCGAUGCUACAUACUACAGAACAGUAGCACAGCGUAGACAUGAUCCCAGACCAUUAUGACUGAUGUCAUGAGUCAGAUUGUCUCCGAAGUGAGAAGCAACCGCUUCACAACCAUCCCAACUCUCUCAGAUGACGAUGUAUUUCACGUUUGGGAAGGAGUCUCGCUAUACAUAGAACGCCACAUGAACAUGCAAAAGGGUGUGCAGAUACCAGGACUCGGUGUAUUUACUUUCUCGCAAACGAAGCUGGAAGUGGGUAACAACAAAUUCAUUCUCAUACAGCGGCCAGUGUUUCAACUGUCUGAAAAAUUCGCGCAAACCCAUCACCUUGCCCAUGUCAGACAUCACGUGUCAGGCCAUAUACCGGUUGUACAACUAAACUACACCGUUUUAUCAAUGGAGAGUCCUUUUGAUCGAGACUUGGUCGAGAGAUGUGUCAAGGAAGUUCUACAAGCAGUUUCAAAAUCUGUCCAAAAGAACAGCAAUGUUGAGAUUACAUUUUCUGGCAUCGGUAGACUUAACGUACGUAAUUCAAAAGCAAAGAUGAGAUUUUUUAAAGAGUUUAUUACAAGUAUGGAUAAAAGUGGCAAUUUGAUGAAUGCUUUUAUGAAACGACGAACGGCAAGUUCAGCGUUAUCUAUUGUUACUGGAAAUACCCCAAGACCUCUUACUUCUUCAACAACAGCGUUCCCAAAGAUUGUUGAGACCACUAGUACUGAGGCUCCACUCUCACUCGAGAAGUCCUCUAGCCCAAAAAAUGAAUCACAACGGUCUCGUCGUUCAAGUCAAGAACCCAUGCCAGCAAUACCAGAAGGCGCCAUUGUUUCACAAAACAACUCUAGCUCAAGUGAAGACGAAACGGACAAACAUCCAACAAAAACAGUUGAAUCCAAAUCAAGCCCUCCACCCGCAGACACUGAUCAAUCACAGCAAAGUCCUCAAGAGGGUGCAAACCAUGCCGACUCAACCCCUAAGCUCGCCCACAAAACAUUGACCCCCAAAUCCAGAUCCAACCAUUCCCGCGCAUCAACUGUACCGGCUUCCCGACCUCCAACCUGCUCACACGGACCACAGGCGGGGCAGGAGCUAUGCUACUUGUGUCACCAACGAGAAGCAAGAAAUAUCCCUGUGUCUUUUGCAGAGGAACGACAAGCUCGUGAGACCUACCAAGACCGGCUACUACAACACUACCAACAACAGAAAGACUCACUAGCAAUUGCUCGAGAACAGGCUCGCGAAGCAAAGCUUCAACAAAUCAACCGAACAAUGGCGAAAUUCAACUUGGAACGUUCCGAAAUAAGAAAGGCACAAAAGAGACGGCCACCAUGGGACAGAGAAUACCAGCCAUCAUACGUGUUUGACAGGCGCCCCCUGACCGAACCUCUGUACGCUAGACAGGAACGAUAUUCCAAGGAGCUUGAUCAGCAAGUGUCAAAACAGAAAGAAUGCAGUGCGGCGCUGAAGCAAAAACAAGACGUAAUAGAGAGAUUGGAGCAAAUUCAGCUGGCAGAAGAACUUGCAGCCAGUCGCGAAGCAUAUCUCCAUGACAAGGCCAUGAAGAGCUACCACUACCAGCAAGCUCUUGCCGAGCAGGUCUGUUACAAGCCCGAAGAAUUACCAGCUGCUGAAUCCGACUCGGCGCAACCAAUUUUUGGAAUACAUGAUGCGACGGAAGCAAAGCUACGUGAAAGUCGACGUCGAGCUCAAGACAUCUUUCAUGACCAAUUAUGUGCUGAAAACCAGAAAACAGAAGAAGCACUCAAACGACACAGACAGGACAGGCAAGAGGACCAGAAAAUGCUCGAACGAACAAAGCGAGAGUUGCGUGACGAGGAGAGGCUUCGUCGCGGUGUAAGACUGGAUGGUCAACGUAACUUGGAACAGUCGUGGUUUGAUUCAGUCAACAAUAAACGCCAACGUGAAGCCGAAGAGUUCGAGUUCGACAACAAGCAGGACAUCCUGCUCCACGAACAGUGCAACAAAUACGAGCGUUGUCAUCAAUGUCAACGUCGCAAAGAAAACGUUGGCAAGUCAAAUAUUAUGAAAGAGACGCGCUACAUCGCGGGUUCUAGGAUUAUAGUGUAGAAGACACCGUGGCAGAGUUCUUCUAUGACAUUUAGGCAUUGAUGGCAGAGAGUAUUCAGUUGUAAAACAGAUAGAGCAUUGAGAUACAUAUAUGUACCAAUUCAAUUACCAA